GAAAAAUGUAAUACUAAUAUCUCACAAAGGUCUGCUGGAAGUCAGGAACUCACUGGAGGGCAGCAGCCGAAGCCCGAAGCUUGUAUAUAUCCCAGGUUAUAAAGAUUUGUUCUUGUUCAGUGAACACUGGUGCUUGCUGAAGCAGACUUGUUAGUAUUUUGCAGCCUUUUCUUGCUUUUGUUCUUCUUGCUUAAGAAUCUCGCCAUGAAAUUCUAACAAGAACAAGAAAUAGAGUGGUUCAGUGUCUCCAGAAUGAGAUGUUACCGUUGUUUUCUUCUGGCUCCUGUCGUAAUUGCCUGUUUCUUCUCCCGGAUAACAACCACUACCCUGGCCGACCCUCGGGCGACGGUGGUUCGUGAGUUGUGCAACAAAACCAAAGAUGACGGUCCUGGGGCGGUUUGGGCCAACAACUUCGUCGUCGCCUUCGACAACCUGAACUCGGAUCUCGAGCAAAAGGGAUGGGGGGUAACCUCCGUUGGGCAAGAUCCUAUCACCUUCUACGCGCUCGUGCAAUGCCUAGAAGAUCUCAGCACGGUUGACUGCACACUGUGCUACUCAGAGAUAAGGUCUCUUCUCCCGAAAUGCUAUCCGGAGAUCGGAGGCCGGAUAUAUCUCGAUGGCUGCUUUAUGAGGUACGCGAACUACUCUUUCUUCGGCGAGGCCGUGGACUCGUUGGAUACAAGCGUGUGCUCUUCCAGUAACCGCAGCUCAGAGAAGCGGGGCUUCGGUUCAGCUGUGGAUGCCGUGUUGAGCAACGUGACUUCCUUGGCUGUCAAGAGCGGCAAAGGGUUCGCAGUCACUUCAGCUUUCGGAUCAACAGAAUUUGCAGCUUAUGCACUUGCUCAGUGCUGGGAGAACCUGAACACUUCUAGCUGUGCAGCCUGUCUCAGUGCAGCUGCAGGUUCGGUGGCCAAAUGUGCACCGGCAGAGGAAGGCCGUGCACUCUUUGCCGGCUGCUUCGUCAGAUAUUCGACAGCACCUUUCUGGAACUCGGAGGAUUCUGGCUCCAGCUCAAAGAAGCACGUUGUUCCUUGGACAGUCCUGGGUUUCUCGGUUGGUCUCGUUCUUGUACUCAUCGGUUCAGUACUGGCAUGGAGGAAGAAGAAGAAAGCUUGCAGGGCAGGAGAAGGAUCAUUGAGGGGCUUGUAUGGGUCUGAACUUCCUGCAAGGAUUUCUCAAUCAAGUCUGAAUUACAGCUAUAAGGAUCUGAAGAAAGCAACGUGUUCCUUCAGCGUAGAGAACAAGAUAGGACAAGGCAGCAAUGGUACUGUGUACAAGGCUGUUCUUCCUGGUGGGAAUGAAGUCGCUGCAAAGAGAUUGUUCCUGAACACGAAACAAUGUCUCGAUCAGUUCUUCAAUGAAGUUGACGUGAUAAGCCAGGUACGUCACAAAAAUCUGGUGAAACUGCUCGGAUGCAGCGUUGAUGGCCCGGAAAGCUUCUUGAUAUAUGAGUACCACUUGAACAGGAGCUUAGAUCUGUCCAUAUUCGCUGAUGGCCAGCAGAAGAGGCGUCUGGAUUGGCAGCAAAGGUUCGAUGUUAUUUUUGGCGUAGCAGAGGGCCUCUGCUACCUCCACGAAGAGUCAGAAACUCGGAUCAUCCACCGGGACAUCAAAGCCAGCAACGUCCUGUUGGACCAGAAGCUGAAGCCCAAGAUAACUGACUUUGGGCUUGCUCGAGUCCUAUGCGGUGACAGGACUCAUCUUACCACAGGGAUUGCCGGGACAGUUGGUUAUAUGGCUCCUGAGUAUGUUGUCCAUGGCCACCUCACCAAGAAGGCCGACGUGUACAGCUUCGGCGUGCUGGCUGUCGAGAUCGUCACCGGAAAGCGGUGUUGUGGGUCGACAGGGUCUCACUCUGGUCACUCACUUCUAGCACAGGUUUGGCAUAGUUACAAGACCAACACGACGGAGAAAGUCGUUGACACGAGGCUGCAGCAAGAGAGUGCUCCGUUGGACUUGGAGGAGAUCACGCGCGUCGUGCAGGUCGGGCUGCUGUGCACACAGGCAAACCCCGACGAGCGGCCGGCCAUGUCGAGAGUGGUGGAGCUGCUGAGGGACAGAGACGGAGAACGUGGCGAUGCGGACUUCAUCCUAGGCGACCCCCCGUUUUUCGAGGUCGAAAUCGACGCCGCCGGGGGAGGCGUCGACGGCGAAGCAUGCACGCUGCUGCCCUGAAACUCGACGACCACUCAUGAGGUAUCCGGGUGGACGUAUUCUGGGUUCAGAGUCCCAUGAUUUAUCGGAUCCGGUGGCUUUCGGAAUCUGAUAUUGGACACUUUCCAACCUGAUGUGGUGCGACCAGGUUGAAGUUGAGGGUUGUGCGGUGCCUCACUCAUGUAAUGUGCCUUGAACUAAAAGUGCCCACUCCACUUUGGAACGUAUGGAAUUUUUUUAGCUGGUUA